AUGGCGACUCCGUUGUCUGGGAACCUGCUUUUGUCACUGAGACCGUCCAAGAUCUUCAGCAACCAUGUUCCCGAUACGCCGAUCACGUCUCUCGACUUCGACGCCUCGGGCCAGUUCCUAGUUUCCGCCGGCGUCGACGAAAGCAUACAUCUUUACGACGUGACCAAGGGAAAACAUAUGAAACCAAUCUACUCGAAGAAGUACGGCUGUCAUCUUGCCCGGCUUGCACGUAAGGAAAAAACAUGUGUCUACGCCUCAACAAAGGAAAACGAUACUCUCAGAUACCUCUCUUUACACGAUAACUCGUUUAUCAGGUAUUUCAAAGGCCAUACGGCAAUGGUCACAGACGUGGAAAUGGGCGACCUCAACCACAUGUUUCUAAGCUCGUCUCUUGAUAACACCGUCAAAUUGUGGGAUACUCGAACUGCCAAUUGCCAAUCGUCAUUGGCGACCGAACAGGCUCCAAAUCACGUGGCUCUUGAUCCGACAAACUCUACAGCCGCAAUCUACAACACAUCCACAAACACGCUCUCGCUGCAUGCCAUUGGAAACCUCACCGACACCCCGUUCGAGUCGACCGUUUGCUCGUACGUGCGGCCAAACUCCGUCGUUAAAGUCAUGUUCAUGAAUAAUAACGAGCAUAUAUUAUUAACCACCAAUUCAACAGAACAUUACAUACUCGACGCAUUCAACUUGAAACUGGUUGCACGACUACUCAGACAAUUGCCGUUCAUCGACAGAAAGUAUCCAGACACAGGAAACUUGACGGUCUCGCCAGAUUGUCGGUUCAUCUACGGUGGAAACGGCGACGGCUCGGUUUUGGUCUGGGACAUGAAACUAUUAGCGUCGCAAGACCUCCCAACGGUGUUGAACCCGGUGAAAAAAAUCGAAAACCAAACAAAAACACUCCCGCGAAUGCUCCUGUUCAAUCCACAGUACUGCGUGAUGGCCUCCGCAGACACAGAACUCUGCUUGUGGACACCCACCUUAUAA